UGGCAGCCGGCCAUAGAACCGUAGGGGUGGGCCCCGCCUUUCGUGCUGUAUCGCCGCUAUUGCGUCCGUUACCUUUCGCUAAUGACAUUUUAACUCCUCUUUCUCAUCCUCUGUCUCUUUCUCUCUCUGUCUCUCUCUUUUCCGACUGGGAUUUGAGUUCUUGAUCACUGUUUUCUUCGCCGCCGGACUCUCGGAACCAUGGAAGCCAUCCGUAAGCAGGCCAGUAAGCUGAGAGAGCAGGUGGCCAAGCAACAACAGGCCGUCUUUAAGCAAAUUACUGGACGUUUUGGUCAUGAUUUUUCUCUUGUUGAUGAAUCUGAACUUCAAUGUCACCAAAAACUUCAGACACUAAACGCUUCUACAAAAGCAGCAAAGCGCCUUCAACGGGAUAUAGUGCGUGGUGUAGAGGCAUAUAUUGCUAUAAGUUCUAAGCAGGUGGAAAUAGUAAAAAAGCUAGCUGAAGAUUGUUGCAAAUAUGGAACUGAGUAUCAAGAUUUUGGUUAUCCUCUUGCCAAUGCUACUCUAGACUUUGGCACUUCUCACAUUCUAAUGGAGAAAGAGAGGAAUAAUCUUCUUAGAAUGCUAGGAGAUCAGGUUUAUGAGCCAAUUCGAACAAUGAUAAUGGGUGCUCCUCUGGAGGAUGCUCGCUUUUUAACUUAUCGAUAUGAACGUAUUAGACAAGAUGCAGAAGCACAGACAGCUGAAGUUGUUAGACGUCAGUUGAAGUUCAAGGAAGUUGGUGCAACAGCAGAUGUUUCUGCCAAACUACAAAAUGCAGAAUCAAAGUUAUCAGAACUCAAGACUACUCUGUCAGCAUUAGGCAGAGAAGCAACUGCAGCUAUGAUGGCUGUGGAGUCUGAACAACAACAGAUUACUUUUAAGGGACUUCUCACAAUGGUUGAAGCUGAGAGAACGUACCAUCACAAUGUUGCUGAUAUUCUUGAUAAGCUCCACGAUGAGAUGGUUCAAACCAAGGAAAAUAAUGAGUUACUGAGGCAUACAGCAACAAGUGAACCAGUGCAAUCUCAAAGUGGAAAGGAAGAUUUCAAGACAAGUUGGUCUCAUAGCGACCCAGAGACCCAGACUGCAACAACUGAUUCUCAAACAGCGAUGGAAGAUUUCAACACAAGACAUUAUCCUGAUGAGGUAAAGAAAGAAGCUGCAAAAACUGAGGUGGUAGAAUCUCGAGCAGGAACGGAAGAUUUCAAGACCAGCCAGCCUCAUCACGAGUCUUUAACACACACAACAAUAACUAAGACAGUGCAAUCUCAAACAGGAAAGGAAAAUUGCAAUACAAGUCGAUCUGAGGGCGAGUCUGUAACACAGACUCUUCCCUCAAACAUUGAUUCUCAAAAUGAGGCUAUGACACAGGAUACAAUAACUGAGACCAUGCAAACACAAACCAAAGACAGAGAUCCAAAAAAAAUAAAACCUGGUGAUCCUGCUGUGAAUGGUCAGCAUCCAAUGUAUUUUGUUGCACAAGUUAUUCACCCAUUUGAUGCACAAACUGAUGGAGAGCUAAAUUUAUCUGUGGAUGACUAUGUUGUAGUGCGCCAGGUAGCACCUAACGGGUGGUCCGAAGGUGAAUGCAAAGGAAAAGCUGGGUGGUUUCCAUCUGCUUAUGUGGAGCGCCGAGACAAAGCACCGGCAAGCAAGGUGAUGGAUACUCACUUGCUUACUUGACUUUUCUAUGCACGUUAGAAUUGUUGUACAGAUGCAUGUGUGAGUUUCCCCUGCACACUGGUUGCUUGAUGAUUUUCCUGUUCCACAAUCAACUUGUUCAUUGAGCGUACCAUUGCUUUCUCAAGAAGGCGACACUAGAAAUUAUUGUAGAGGGCCAUACUAUUUCAUUUAGUUGGCAAUAAUCUCUCGUCAUGUCUUCUGAAUCUGUAUUCUCAGUCAUAUAUGUACUCCACGUGCUGUAUAAAAAGGAAGAAUUUUGCUUUACGGUUCAAGAUGUGUAAAUAUUGAACAGAAAUAAUAAGUGCUGCAUAUGACAAUUGCUGUUCUCGGCUCCAA